GCGAUCAAAUUGACAAUGUACAGUAUAUCCAUUUCAAAUAUUGGCUAUUGUUCACCGCUUCGAUAAACUAAAAUAACGAGCGCGUCUGCUUCGCAUCAAUGCACGAGCAAGCAAAUAGUGCAAAUAGUAUAAUUACUUUCUUUUUUUAUGAGUACUAGGGGAUUGCAAUUUCAGUGAGUGCAGUGGUCAAUAGAAGGUGAAUAAAUUAUUAUUCUGACGCAUUUGGUGUGCAGUUAAUUAAGAUUGGCAGGUUCGUGGGGUGGGGGUCGAAAUAUGUCACUUCGCGGAGCGAUAUAGUGCAAAUGAGGCCACAUCGGCAGUGACGCGGUCCCUAGUGUUUCCGGGCAACUUCGCAGAGAAGAGACUAGCGAAUAAUAUUUCAGGACUAAACAACGAUACAUACGUUGACUACAGGUAGUUUGUCAGCCACGAGGGGAACAUUGACUGUUUAGUACUUCAUAUUUUCCAAGUUUGAAGACCUAACAUAAUAAAAUGGCUGACCAACUGACUGAGGAGCAGAUUGCUGAGUUCAAGGAGGCGUUCUCACUGUUCGACAAGGACGGCGACGGCACCAUCACCACCAAGGAGCUGGGCACUGUCAUGCGUUCUCUGGGACAGAACCCUACUGAGGCAGAACUACAGGACAUGAUCAACGAGGUAGACGCUGAUGGUAAUGGGACGAUCGAUUUCCCAGAGUUCCUGACAAUGAUGGCAAGGAAGAUGAAAGACACAGACAGCGAGGAGGAGAUCAGAGAAGCCUUCAGAGUCUUUGAUAAGGAUGGGAACGGCUACAUCAGUGCGGCAGAGCUGCGGCACGUCAUGACCAACCUCGGGGAGAAGCUCACAGACGAGGAGGUGGACGAGAUGAUCCGCGAGGCCGACAUUGAUGGAGACGGACAGGUCAACUAUGAGGAGUUUGUGCAGAUGAUGACAGCCAAGUGAAGUGGACUGUGCUCUCACAUUUCUCUCUCACAUUGCUUGUCCUCCUAAGAUCACUCUGUCUUUAAGAAAACAAACCAAUAAUCAAGCCAAAAUGUAAAACAAAAAAAUUAUUCAAUGUACAAAAUUCUUUAGUCAAAAAAAAUCCAAAUACUUCUAGGGGAUCUGUUUUAAGAGCGACUGCAGAUGAAUCCCUAACAGAUGUUAAUGGACCAAGCUUUAACGAGGCGUAAGGCCCUUACUCCAGAGUAAGAUCCUUCGGAGGCUCCCAGAUGCCGACUAAAUUUGAGGAAAGGGCAACACGGACGAGGCAGAGGGAUAGGAAUCAGUCAUGUCACAACAAGGUGGUUCUGAUCCCAUUGUGGAUUGUAUACACACUGGAGGUAUAUACAUAAAUGUAUAGCUAUGCACUGAGUGUACAGAACAUUGGGAACACCUUCCUGAUAUUGAGUUGCACCCCACCCCCCCACUUGCCCUCAGAACAGCCUCCAUUUGUCCGGGCAUGGACUCUACAAGGUGUCGGAAGCAUUCCACAGGGAUGCUGGCCCAUGUUGACUCCAAUACGUCCCAUCGUUGUCAAAGUUGGCUUGGUGUCCUUUGUGUCGUGGACUGUUCUUGAAAUGCACAGGAAACUGUUGUGUGAAAAACCCAGCAGUGUGGCAGUUCUUGACACACUUUAACUGGUACGCCUGGCACCUACUACCAUGCCCCGUUUAAAGGCACUUAACUUUUGUCUUGCCCAUUUAACAUCUGAAUGGCACACACACACAACCCAUGUCUCAAGGCUUAAAAAUAAUUCUUUAACCUGUCUCCUCCCCUUUAAGAAGUGACAUCAAUAAGGGAUUGUAGCUUUUACCUGGUCAGUCUAUAUCAUGGAAGAGCAGGUGUCCCUAAUGUUUUGUACACUGUUAUAUAUAAUAUAUAAAUUAUAUAUAAUUUGUAAAAUACAUGUCACUCACGGUUGGUGCAAGAAUUACUGUGGAAGAGGUUGCAUUGGUGCUAGGUUGAGAGAAUUCUCCCAUCCCGAAGGGGUUGUAGGGAGUUGAUUUAGAAAAGCACUGGUUGGUUGGUUUUAAUAGGCUUUUUUUGUUGAGCAGGCUGUUGUCUUUCAUUCUCAUACAAGGCUUUCAUUUCCCGGCACCACUGACGUAUGGCAUAGGAGUAUGUAGAUGUGCAGUUUCAGAUCGUUGAUUAUGGUAACACACUUUGAGAGCAUUGCUGUAAAUAUAUUUUAUCUGCUAACAUAUAUCCUGAUACAAAUAUUAAUGUUCUGCUUUUUAAAUGUGUUAUCAAAUAUUAAUAUAUAAAUUAAACAUUUUGGUCACAAAUAUUACUGUAUUGUAAAACUUUGCAUGACCUAUUGUUGAUCUAGUAUGACCUGUGAUGUUUUGAAAUGUGCCAUAAUACUCUAAAGCCUCAAUCUUGCAAGAGCAAAUUAGAACAUAUCGAUAUACAGUAUAAACUAUAUACAGUACAUACCUAUUUGCACUUUGGUGUAAAUCGUAUAUUUGAAAAUGUUCUGAAAAAGACAACGUUGUUGCUGCUGCUGGAACAACUCAUUUUGUCUCUUGCCUCUGUGGAUUUGUCAGAUCCGCAUGUUGUCAAGUGUUCACAUCUUUUAUCCAUGCUCCGCUUGCUGUUCUGCUGAACAGAGUAUAUAUUCACUAAUAUAUUUAUUUAUUUUUGUCAGUGAGUUAAAAAUUACAUAUUUCAGGCUGGUAUAAAUUAGUGGUUAAAAAUUUAUUAUUUAGGGUUGAAUGGCAGAAAUGCUUGCAUAGGUAUUGAAUUGUUGCUUAAAAGACAACUUUGGGACUAAAACUUUCUGGCUAGCUUUUACUUGUGGGUUAACUUUGAUUGAAAGGUUGGAAAAGACACGUGGUUAAGGACUGUUAAUCUUCUGGAGAUUGUACAAAUUUAAAGAUGUGAAAUAUUGUUUGCCAUGAAUAAAUAAAUUGUCUGUACUUCACUAUAUGA